AUGAGCGAGCGAGUUGCUGCAGUUGUUACGUCUCGAGCGAGUCAGCGAGGAAGAAAGAUGAUGGACCGGGCUGAAAUCCGCAAGCGGAUUUACCAGACUCGUGUUGCGGAUAGAAACAACUACAGGACGGUUGAUGAAGGUGCUGGCUUGACUCCGUACAUGAUCCGGCAGCUGCAAAGAGAAGGCUACCUACGCCGCGCUCUCACUCAAACUCCCCCAGUCUACGCCCCGACGUACGACACCGUCCACGUGAACGAAAAGUGGUACUACGUCAAGAAGAUUGGACAGAAGGUCUAUCUGUUGACCGGUCAAGAUGGGACACCCUCACGUCCACGUGGAAACUGGGAUGGCAAGAUAGGGACGUGGCCUGUUGUGGAGAAGUAUGUGACCCAGCGAAGGAGCGAUAACAGUGAUGCCGGUGUGGAGGAGCUGCGCCCCACUUCGAUGACCCGUGAAUUCUACCGACGCAUGCAGCUUGAAGAUGUGAUCCCUGCAAUCAAAGCCAAGUGGGAGUGGGCGAAGGACGAAGGGGCUGGGCGUUCCUCUUGUAAGUCCAAUUUGGGUACAGCAAGAUAA